ACAUAUUCCACCAAAAAUAGAGUACAAAUUUUGAUAGAAAUUAAAGGUGAAAACGACCAGUGUUAUCGAAUUUUUCCUAAUAUUAAUUUCUGUUCCUGCCGAGCUUUCAAACAUCAAGUUAUAGACAAGAAAACGCAAAUAACAUGCAAACAUGUCUUAGUUGGAAGGAUAGCUUGUAUGUUGGGCAAGACCAUUGAUCAAGAAGUUACUCAAGAACAAUAUUUAAUGCUUGUAAAAUCAAUUUUUGAAUUUGAUCAAAAUGGAUAACGGAACAUCUCAGUAUUAUUUCACAGCUUCUAUGGACACAGGAAAAUCUUUGUAUAGUUUAUUAAAAGCCAUACAAUUUCAGGAGUGCGCUGUAUUUAGUGCUAUGACUGAGGGAUUAAAAUUAACAGUGGAAGAAGGCAAAUGUGUGCAAGCCUCUGCUUACAUACCUGCAGAUAAUUUUACUGAAUAUCAUGUUAGAACUGAUGUGGAUGUCAUGUUUAAGAUAAGCAUAGCAGUGCUUACAGAAUGCUUAAAUAUUUUUGGUGCUAGCGAAGAGUCCACUUUGAAGAUGUACUACAGAAGCGAGGGUUCACCUUUGUUGCUUGUCUUGCAGCCACAAUCAGUGCACAAUGUGAUGACAGACUGUGAAAUAUCAACUCAAACAGCAGAUUCUGUUCUUGAGUUGAAAGAUGAGGAUUCAUCAGAAGUUGCCAAGUUAGUUUUAAAAGCAACCGCUUUUUUAAGCCUACUGGCAGAUCUAGAAAGAUCCUGUGAUGUCAUAGAGCUCAAUUUAUCACCCGAUCAUCCGAAUGUCAGUAUUAUUACAUAUGGGAUGCAAGAUAGAUCUUGUAUAGAUGUCCCGAAAUCCGCAGACAUGGUUGAAAGCUUUAGCUGUGAUCACCCUGUUACUCUCAAAUACCAACUACCUCACAUAAGACUGAUUAUGAAGGCUUUAGCAAUAUCUUCCAAGGUAGUGUUAAGGUGCAGUUCCAAUGGCAUUUUACUGCUGCAACUAAAAUUAGAAAAAGAAGAUCAGAGACAGAUGUUUUCAGAAUUUUACAUUUUACCGCUAUUAGAUGAUUAAAAUAAUAACGGCCUUUCUGUCAUUAUUCAUUUGACAUUCGAAAGAAUAAGAUAGCAUUGUUUAACUAAUCACUCGCUAAGCAACAUUUAUAAAUAACGCAAUAAGUUCUCAAGAUAUUCAAGUUGUGUUUGUUUACACUCAUGGGUAUUCACAAUCGUAAUCUCAUUAAAGUCAAUUGGUAAUAGGAAUAUGGAAGCAGUAAUUGGAUAAUUUACGUCUCGGAAUAAAUUCAAUGUUGUAACUUGUAGUGUACAUUCAGUCGUGAAAGUUGUAUACCUUUUGUUAAAAACGGAAUCGUUUAGACAAAUUAAAAGACAUA